CGUGCAUUUAGCUGAAUUUACCACAUUUGUGCUGGCAAUGCUGCCCAAAAAUGCCCGAUUUUUGCUAUUGUGAAUGUUAAUUGAUAGAAAGAAGAAGAAGAAAACGUCAACAAAUGAUAGAAAGGAAAGCGUUAGAGAAGAUGGCAGAAAUUAAGCAGCGAGUGGUUUGGACUAGCACUGAUGAAUGUGUGUUAAUUGACUUGUGGCGUGAGCGGGCCGAUGAUUUAAGACGUGCCAAGCGCAAUUUGCAUAUAUAUGCCGAUAUAUCUGUGCAAAUGGCACAUAAAUUUACUCCGAAGGAAGUCCAUAUUAAAAUUAGAAACUUAUCACAAAGAUACAGAGAAGAAAAGAAGAAAACUGGCCCAUCGGGGGGCAGCCCAUCGACGUGGAAAUAUUUUGAUGCGGUGCAUCAAAUCAUAGGGCUGACUGCAGCCAAUAAUGCAAUGUAUUAAUAACAAUUAAUAAUGUAUUAAUAACAAUUUAAUUCUUUCAUUAAAUUUCUUUUUGUUUUCCAAAAAUACCAAAAUUGCCAUUAAUAACUCUUUUUUAUCCAUUUUUAUUUCACGUUUGUAAUAAAUAAACAAAUUUCUCAAUCAGCUGUAUAAAUGCACAAAAUUUGUCGUCUGUCACUAUAAAAUUUCAA